ACACUUGUCACCAGGCGGAACUGGUGCCUCAGCCAGGCAACAUGACGGGGUCGUUCGAUAACCUGACGUGCCUUCACUCCAUCGAUGACUUCAGAAACCGAGUCUACUCCACGCUCUACUCCAUGAUCAGCAUUAUGGGCUUCGUUGGUAACGGCGUUGUGCUGUAUGUCCUCAUAAAAACGUACCAGCAGAAGACAGCCUUCCAGGUGUACAUGCUGAACCUUGCCGUGUCCGACUUCCUCUGCGUGUGCACCCUGCCCCUGCGUGUCAUCUACUACGUCCACAAAGGGAACUGGUUCUUCAGUGACUUCCUAUGCAGGGUCAGUUCGUACGCGCUGUAUGUCAACCUCUAUUGCAGCAUCUUCUUCAUGACUGCCAUGAGCUUCUUCCGUUGCAUAGCCAUCGUUUUUCCAGUCCGGAACAUCAAUUUGGUAACGGAGAAGAAGGCUAAACUUGUCUGCAUCGGCAUCUGGAUUUUUGUCACCCUGACAAGCGCUCCCUUUCUGCGAAACGGGACAUACCAACACGGCAACAAGACCAAGUGCUUUGAACCUCCAGAAAACAAUCAGAAGAAACAUGUAGUGGUGAUCCUGGACUUUAUUGCCCUAUUUGUGGGUUUCAUUUUUCCUUUUAUUGUCAUAACUAUCUGCUACACCAUGAUCAUAAGGACCUUACUGAAAAAUUCCUUGAAGAAGAACCAGGCUAACCGCAGGAAGGCCGUCUGGAUGAUCAUCAUCGUGACAGCCACCUUCUUGGUCAGCUUCACCCCGUACCACGUGCUGCGUACGAUCCACCUCCACAUGCUGCAGCUGAAGAGCGCUAGCUGUGAUGACACCAUAUACCUACAGAAAUCUGUUGUGGUAACGCUCCCCUUGGCAGCUUCCAACUGCUGCUUUGACCCACUUCUCUAUUUCUUCUCGGGGGGCAACUUUCGGAAGAGGCUCACCACCUUUAGGAAGACUUCUUCCUCCAGCUUUACGCAAGCCUUCAGGAAAAAGUUCUCCAUAAAAGAGAAAGAUGAGGAACCCUUUGGAGACAGCGAUCGGGAGAAUGGAAAGUCAGCCGUGGCCCCUUCGUAAGGGGGCUAGGCCAUCCCCUGAGAUCUCAGGUGGGCAACAGAGAUCUCAGAACUCUUCCAGAAGACAUGAUGGAAGCUCACAAGCCUUCAUUGCCACUAGAUGUGUAAUAAUAAUGGUGGAUGUUCCCUGAUUUAUGCUACUCGGAGGUACAGCCGCUGCCGAGGACGGCCAGCCCCUUCCCCAGGAGCACUGCUUGGACACACACAGCCACUUAGCAUGGAGGAGCCACCUCCAGCGCCAGAAAACUGUUGAUCUGACAAUAAAUUUCCAUAAACAGACUCUUCAAAGGCUGUAUUUGGGCAUUGGCUUCACUUCACAACUCUACAAAGAGCGUUAAUUCUCCAAGUCAGUGGGAGCUACUGACAAAUAAAAAAGGCAGAGUUUUCACUGAAUCUUUAAACAGCCCCUAAAUUAUUUAUGCAGCAGGGGCCAGCAGAUAACUCCUGCUGUGUUCCCAGCUGCUUCUGCUUUGGAUUUCAGUUUUCAACCUAAUUACUUGUGUAAGACUUGCAGGGUUGGUGCCUGCGUCUGCAAAUCUGGGAACUCGGGUCUGAGCCCCUCUCCCACCCCCAACGAGCAGCUCUUGACAGACACGCUCUCGUGGGCAGCAGAUCUGCCGGCAUUUUCUGAAUGUCCGGAAACAUCCCGUCUGUGGGAGCAGUUUUAAAAUUGCAUUAUCCUAGUGUGCGUUUGAAACUUAUUUCAAUGGGACUGGCCCUGCAAGCGAUGGCUGUAGGAUCUGGAUUAAAACACCAGCUCUUUAGGAGGUUUUACCUAGAAGUAGAGCGCUGGGUGCUCAGAGUCCGGUGCAGGAUCUGGCCUGCCUGUCUGAACUAUUGAUGAAAUUUUAAAAAAUUAAUAACUUAGAAAAAAAAACAUUAAUGCAAAGGACCUUUUUAAAAAUGGUUUUAUACGAUAUUUGAUCCUGUUCAAGAGUGUUCACCUUGCUCACACCUCACAGUAAAGAGGCAACCCAUGACCCUUGGAAAGAUCUCUAGGAAGACCUGGAGAUCAAGAAUCUGAGUCUGAUGAGACAUGAGUGAAUGUUGAGUACAGUGUGAUGGAAACCAGAUCCGGCUGUUUCUUGUGUAAAGAAAAACUUCAAAAAUCUUGGACAGAAUGAAACAUUCCUGUGCUUUUUCCAGUGAACCCAUGGAAAAGUACCACUGCCUGCCUUUUGCUGGAGCAAAGCCCAGCCCAAAAUGUGUGAUAUAUCAAGACAAAUACAAAUUUAUGUAGGAUUAAGACUCUUAGUUGGAAAAGUGGAUGAUAAAUGAACAGCACAUACGUUUUUAAUAUGGUAUUUAUGAAGCUCUUUGAUGUUAUCUGAAGUAAACACUUUUAAUACUGUAGAAUAUGUAGAAUACUGUAGAAUAUAGUGGCUUCAAUCUGCGUCGGGGGAGGUUUAGAUUGGAGAUUAGGGAAAAUUUCUUUACUGAAAGAGUGGUCAGGCCCUGGCACAGGCUGCCCAGAGAGGUGGGGGAGUCACCGUCCCUGGGGGUAUUGAAAAGACGCAGCAUUUCAGGGCAUGGUUUAGGAGAUAUUGUGGUGUUGGGUGAACGGCCAGACUUGAUGAUCCUUGAGGUCUUUUCCAACCUUAAUGAUUCUGUGGUUCUUUAAGUAAGCAAAAGGAGUUUGGGUGGGGGGCAGGACUCUGCUUGAGAAAUGAUCUUUACAGAUACACAGAAGAGGGCAAGUUCACUUUUUACAGCACAUUCUGCGUAUUCCUGGGUCAGCAAAAGGCACUCAAAACGGAAAUUCACCCGUGGAACAAUCUAUGGAUGUGAAUUUCCAACAAGAUCUGAAACCCCUUUAGAAAACCUCAAGGAUCUGUGGAGUGGAAGAGGGCUGGAAGCUGCUCAUGCAGAGCAGUGUUACGGUUCCCCCUAAACCCACAGGAGGGCAGAGCUUGUAGUUCAGUGGUAGCACUGUAGACAGUUUGACAAAGAGCGUGUAAGAGGAGAGUUGGCCGAAACUUCCUUUCGAGGUGUAGCACUGAGUACUCCAGCUGCAUCUCAAAGCGUUGAAGGCAUUGUGCAACUGUAAAUAGAAACUAUCACGGAAAACUGAGUUUCAGUAUAUGUAGAAAUAACAUGCACAUUCCCAAACUUUAUUAUAUUGUACAGAAAAGCUAUAUCUAUAUGUUGCAAAGCAUUUUUAUUGCACAAGAGGUAUUUUUUUCCUUUUUAUUUUUUUAAUGAGUCAAUGGUUAUGGCAAGACAAAUGGCAGUGUUUUUUUGUGCAAUAGGAAAGACUAUUUUAAAAAAGGUUGCUGAAAACUAAAUGAAAAUGUUGCAAGCUAAAUUUUAACAUUUACUGUUUUCUGUGUCUUAUUGUAAAUUCUCUGCAUGCAGAUUCUUCUUCCCUACAAUACAUUUUUAUCUACACAUGGUGCCAGAGUGUAAUAUUCAUGUAAUAAUCAUUUAUAAUGCUAUAAUAAAAUCUCAAAGCAGCACAGAAGUUGCUGAGGGCA